AUGAAGGCCUCGAUCAUCUCCGUUAUUUCAUUCGCCCUUGCCGUUGCGGCAUUGCGGCCAAAGGAGCACUCGGACAAGCCGGGCAAUCUUUCGAUCAUCAAAUCCCAAGAGCAAUGCGGUGGGGGAAAGGUUUCUUGCUGCUCUCCUAAGAUCGUGGAUAACGACAGCACUCUCCUCUCGUUGCUGGAUGGGCUUAAUGUCCUAGGCAUCAAAGAUUCUUACUGUUCGCCGAUUAGUGUGAUUGGGCCUCUCAACCUAGCCCUUCUGGGCUCCGUCGAUGAAACCAAAGACAAGUUUAAUUGCCAGCACACUGUUGCUUGCUGCAAUGGUGACGAUUGCCGUCCCCUGAGCGAGGAGUAA